ACACACACACACCAUCAGUGUCACCUUGCCCUCAAGGUAGAGAAAGUGCUCAGAAUGCCGACCAGGCCUCUGGCUAUGGCAAGGUGCAGGCCAUGCCCCCUUCCUCUGUUCCAGAACCAAUGGCAGGACUCCAAAGCAUUUAAAAACCACAGUCUGAACCCAGCAAACUUCAUAAGUUAAGGUAUGUGGCAUGGGAUGAGAUGAGCAACAUUCAGGAUGGCUGCAUGAGCAAAGAGCAGGAGCAAAGAGCAUCAUGCACAGCAGGAGUUGCACUUUUCACAACAAUCCACCGGGGACAGCAAAGUCCACAGAUCCUGUAGCUGAGUGCUCCCACCAAGGCCUUUUUUUCAGGAACAACAGCUCCAGAGCUUGGUUCCGACUUCUACAGGGAACACUGGCUUCCAUGAGAGGAUGCCAAGGAGGAUCCAACAUUCUGCACUCCAGAAAGGAGUUGGAAGGGAGACCAUCCGAACAGGAAGUCCGGGGUUUGUACCCAUGGCACCAAUGCAACAACCCCCAAAAGAUGAAGGAAUGGAGCAGCUGGACAUCCUGGAGGAGUUGGCUUGGGACCACAAGGGAGUUCUUGGGCCCCCUCUGUGCCCAUGCACACUGUCUUUAUUCCUACAGACCCCCACGAGAAGCCAUCCAAAAGGUGCAGCAGAAGGUGCAGCCUCCACUGUCGUCUGUGCAACCACUCCCUACCAGCUGGAGCUGUGCAACCACUCCCUAUCAGCUGGAGCUGUGCAACCACUCAAAUGUCCAACUGGUUCCAGUGCUCUCAGCCAUCCCCACCAGCUGGAGACACAGUGAGACACCAAUCCCCUGUAGCUAUAGACCAUCCUCAAACCCCCAGGAGACCCAAAGGUGAAGACGAAGGACGGAUGUUUCCAUGCUGUUCCCUCCUCUCAAAUAAAGUUUUGUUGC